AUGCCUCCUUUCUCACGUCUGGUCCGAUUCCUCGCCAAGGACGGCAGAACAUACUAUGGGGAUGCUAUCUUACCACAGGGCGUCAGCGAUUUAGGCAAAACGAAGCAAGCUCGCGUGAUCAAGGGAGACGUGUUCGGAAAACACGAUGUGACGGAGCAAAUCGCCGAUGUACGCCUUCUCCUUGCUCCCCUUGCCAGCGAAGACGUCAGAACCGUCCGCUGCCUCGGCCUCAAUUACGAGCAACACGCCAAAGAAUCAAGCAUGCCGCUGCCGAAGUACCCCGUGCUAUUCUACAAACCAAUUACUUCGCUCGGCGGGCCCUUCGAUAAUGUUCCUAUCCCUACCAUGGCCCAAGAAGUGGACGGGUUAGAUUACGAAUGCGAGCUCGUCGCCGUCAUUGGCAAAGAGGCGAGGGAAGUCCCGGAAUCUAAAGCUCUUGACUAUGUCAUGGGAUAUGCAGUCGGUGACGAUGUAUCACAUCGCGAAUGGCAACUGAAAAGAGGAGGCGGCCAGUGGGCAUUGGGCAAAGGCUUCGAUGGAUGGGCUCCGUAUGGGCCAGGCAUUGUGUCGAGUGCUUUGAUCAAAGAUCCUCAAGCCCUCCGGAUUUCGACAAAGGUUAAUGGCAAGACCGUCCAGGACAGCAGCACCAAGGAUAUGAUUUUUGGGGUGGCGAAGACGAUUAGCUUCUUAAGUCAAGGGACGACUCUUCUUCCUGGGGAUUUGAUUUUCACUGGAACACCUCAAGGCGUAGGCAUGGGCAGGGAGCCGCAGUUGUGGCUUAAGGACGGGGAUGUUGUUGAAGUCAGCCUGGAAGGCAUUGGGACUUGCGUGAACAAAAUCGAACAUAUCAAAAGCAGGCCAAAACUGUAA